UUCACUAUUUGGCACAGAAGUAUUAACAGCAGGGAGCAUUGCAGGUUGAGAAUUCACUUUAAAAUUGCUAAAGUGAAAAUGGCCGCAGGCGCAGAAAUGGAACCUUUGUGCCUCUUUGUCAAUGGAAAAAAAGUGCUAGAGAAACAUGUGGAUCCUGAGACAACGCUGUUGUCCUUCCUCAGACAGAAGUUGAGGCUAACUGGGACCAAAUACGGUUGCGGUGGAGGAGGCUGCGGGGCCUGCACAGUGAUGGUCUCACGCUACCGACCUGCCAACAAAACCAUUUAUCAUUAUUCAGCCAACGCCUGCCUGCUUCUGAUCUGCCAGCUUCACGGAGCUGCUGUCACCACAGUGGAAGGCAUUGGUAGCACUAAAACCAGGAUCCACCCGGUCCAGGAGCGAAUAGCUAAGGCACAUGGCUCACAGUGCGGCUUCUGCACACCAGGUAUGGUGAUGUCCAUGUACACCCUCCUACGUAACAACCCUCAGCCCAGCCUGGAGGACAUCACUGAGGCACUGGCCGGGAAUCUGUGUCGUUGCACUGGCUAUCGUCCAAUCAUUGAUGGCUGCAGAACCUUCUGUCAGGAAGCCAACUGCUGUCAAGUCAACAGAGGCCCUAACUGUGGCAGUGAGAAAGAAAUAAACAAUGAAACUCCUUUGUUGUUUGACACGUCAGAGUUCCUCCCGUUGGACCAAACUCAGGACUUGAUCUUCCCUCCGGAACUAAUUCUGAUGACGGAGAGAUCCAGCCUGCAGACACUCAUCUUUUAUGGGGAAAGGGUGACAUGGAUGUCCCCUGUCCUGCUUGAGGAGCUGGUCCAGCUCAAGACCAGUAACCCAGAGGCUCCACUGAUCAUGGGAAACACAACUAUCGGCCCAGAGGAUACAUUUAAGGGCAUUGUGCACCCAUUGAUGAUAUCUUCCAUCAGAGUCAAGGAGCUGUUUGAGGUGACUGAGACGACACACGGUGUCUGGGUGGGAGCGGGAUUCACACUCUCUGAGGUCUGGUCUAUUUUGAAGAAGCUGUGCCGCCAGUUUCCAGAGGCAAAGACAGAGCUGUUCAGAGCACUGAUGAAGCAGCUGGGGAAUGUCGGAAGCCAGCAGAUCCGUAAUGUUGCCACUCUUGGAGGAAACAUCAUGAGUGCGUAUCCAAACUCUGACAUAAACCCAGUACUGGCUGCUGGGAACUGUAUCGUGAGCACCAUCUGCAGUGGCGGACAGCGAGAGGUUCCUCUCAAUCAGGAAUUCUUUUUGAGCUUUGGAAAAACAGUGUUGAAGCCAGAGGAGAUUCUUGUCUCUGUGCUGAUCCCUUUUUCGAGAAAGGGAGAGAUUGUUCGAGCAUUUCGCCAGGCUCCAAGGAAGGAGAGUGCCUUCCCCACAUUAACAACUGGAAUGCGAGUGUUAUUCUCUGAAGGAUUCAGAGUAGUGGAGGAUGUCAGUAUAUACUACGGAGGUAUUGGACCAACCACAACCAGAGCCACCAAAACCUGUGCAGCUAUCAUUGCACGACCUUGGAAUGAUGAAACCCUCAGACGGGCUCAUGACAUCCUCAUGAAAGAAUUUCACCUCUCACCUGUGAUUCCGGGAGAAAAAGCGGAAUUCCGUCGCACUCUGACUUUCAGCUUCCUCUUUAAAUUCAACCUAGAGGUCCUGCAGAACCUCAGAAAGAUGAAUGCGAUUGAAGACACUGUUGUGGAGAGGAUAGAGCCGCUGCCCAGAGAAAUCCAGCUGAGCCAGCAGGAGUUUCAGCAUGUAUCUGAGGGACAGAGCGACCAGGACCCAGUGGGCCGUCCCAUCAUGCAUAGCUCCGCCAUAAGCCAGGCCACAGGCGAGGCAGUUUACUGCGAUGAUCUCCCUAGGAUCGAUGGCGAGCUUUUCCUGGCUCUGGUCACCAGUUCACGGGCACAUGCUAAGAUCAUAAAUGUGGACGUGAGCAAUGCCCUGCUACUUCCUGGUGUCGUUGACAUCAUCACAGCCAAAGAUAUCCCUGGGAAGAAAACCCACGUAAUUUUGGGGUAUGAAGAAGAAGUACUCGCUGAGACGCAGGUGUCAUGCAUCGGUCAGAUAGUGUGUGCUGUAGUGGCGGACACCAGAGCCCAUGCCAAAAGAGGCGCGUCAGCUGUGAACAUCAGCUAUGAAGACUUGCCCGAACCCAUUUUUACUAUUGAGGACGCCAUCAAGAGGUCAUCCUACUUCGAGCCAAGGAGGAUGAUCGAGAGAGGAAACGUAGAAGAGGCCUUUAAAAUUGUUGAUCUGGUUCAUGAAGGGGUGAUCCGUAUCGGAGGCCAGGAGCAUUUCUAUAUGGAGACCCAAAGCAUGCUGGUCUUACCAGUGGGUGAGCAAGGGGAGUUUAAAAUUCAUGUGUCGUCUCAGUGGCCUACAUCAGUUCAGAUUGCUGUCGCUGAGACGUUGGCUAUCCCAGCUAACCGAGUCAGCUGUCAUGUCAAGAGACUGGGCGGAGCAUUUGGAGGGAAAGUUGUUAAAACCAGCAAGCUUGCUUCCAUUACCUCUGUGGCAGCAUGGAAGACUAAUUGUGCAGUUCGUUGCGUUCUGGAGCGAGGUGAAGACAUGCUGAUCACUGGCGGACGACAUCCUGUGCUGGGAAAAUACAAGGUUGGCUUCCAGAAAGAUGGAAAGAUCCUGGCUGCAGAUAUCCAAAUUUGGACCAAUGCUGGCAAUGCAGUUGAUGAAUCCAUCUUUGUAGUGGAGAAGAUCCUGCUUCAUCUGGAUAAUGCCUACAACAUUCCAAAUCUGCGUGGCAGAGCUGCUGCCUGCAGAACCAACCUGCCUUCCAACACCUCCUUCAGAGGCUUUGGGGUGCCUCAGGGUGCCUUCGUUAUAGAGAACUUGAUCAUCGAUGUGGGGCUAGUGCUACAGUGUCCUGCGGAUCAGGUUCGAGAGAGAAACAUGUACAAAGGGCCGUCACUCACCCACUACAAGGUGGAGUUCAGCCCGGAGAACUUGUUACGCUGCUGGGACGAAUGUAAGCUCAAGUCGGACUUUUGUGGUCGGCGCAUUGCUGUGGCCACGUAUAACCAGCAGAACCGGUGGAAGAAGAGAGGGCUCUCCAUCAUCCCGAUCAAAUAUGGAAUCGCCUUCUCAGAUGGCAUGCUGAAUCAAGCUGGUGCUCUGGUGAACAUCUAUAAUGACGGCUCUGUUCUGGUAACUCAUUCCGGGACAGAGAUGGGUCAAGGACUUCAUACCAAAAUUCAGCAGGUGGCGAGUCGAGAGCUUCACAUCCCACUGUCAAAAGUCUACAUCAGUGAAACCAACACCAGCACAGUUCCUAACACAUUUAUUUCUGCUGCCUCCUUUGGCACGGAUGCCAAUGGUAUGGCCGUGAAGAACGCCUGCCAAACUCUUUACCAGCGACUGGAGCCAAUCCGACAGAAGAACCCCAAAGGAACGUGGGAGAGUUUGGUCAGUGCAGCCGUUAAGGAGAAGAUUAGUUUGUCUGCUACUGGAUUUCACAGGGGUGCGGACACCCACAUGGACUGGGACAAGAUGGAGGGUCAGCCCUAUCCUUACUACACGUAUGGUGUCUGCUGUUGCGAGGUGGAGCUGGACUGCCUCACCGGAGACUACAGGACAGUGAUGACAAACAUAGUGGUCGACAUUGGCCAAAGUUUGAACCCAUCUGUGGACAUUGGCCAGAUUGAAGGCGCCUUCAUGCAGGGUUUGGGUCUGUUCACACUGGAGGAGUUAAAGUUUUCUCCCUCCGGUCUUCUGUACACUCGAGGUCCAGCUCAGUACAAAUUGCCUGCUGUGUGCGACAUGCCACUAAGUUUCAACGUCUAUCUCCUCUCUGACUCCUACAAUCCCCAUGCCAUAUUCUCAUCCAAGGGUAUUGGUGAACCCAUACUCUUCUUGGGGAGUACAGUGUUCUUUGCCAUUAAAGAUGCUGUUGCAGCAGCACGCAAAGAGGUCGGCCUUACAGGUCCGUUUUCUUUGGACAGCCCAGCUACUGCAGACAGGAUUUGCCUUGCGUGUGCAUCCCCCUUCACUCAGAAUGAAGAGAAUGAAACAGGAUGUUUGCAACCAUGGGCCAUAGACAUCUAAAAGGCUCUGCCACCAAAAGUGUCUGUUGACAGUUAUUUUAGUAACAAGUAACCUCUGAUUAUUAGAAUAUGUACUCUGCUUGCUUCUCUUUCAAAUGUGACCAAUUGAAACAUCUCUAUCUGCUGUUAUGCUCACUUCAAUAAGACGCAUCAAGGAAUUGUAAAUUAGACAAAAGGUAGUGUUUUUGACAGCGCUUAACUACAUUAACAGGUACAUAAUGAGGCUUGUGCCACCCUAAAAACCACAAGAUUCUGCAUUCAAAAAUUAUUUCAAACUCUUGGUUUAAAUAAACAACAAAAACCAUCAUACAACAUGUAAUAUUACUCUUUAGUGCUGUAGAAGCCCAUAAGACAAUAACAGCCAAUAAGGUAAUAACGGCCCAUAACGUAAUAAAUGUUCCCUUUUUCAAAUGUAAUGGGCCCAUAAUGUUUUAACUGGCCAGUAAAUUCAUAUCUUAAUAUGUUAUUGGGUGUUUAUUACGUUAUUGGCCUGGUUAAAAAAAAAUAAUAAUAAAAUAAAUCUUUGCAAAUGUAAUAACUGAGCCCAUAACAUAUUAAUAAUAUACUAAUAUCACUUUAUUUAACUUUUUAAUUUUUGGAAAUAACUGAAAAUGCAUACUCUCCCAUCGCUGUCUCUCUCGCUCUCCCUCUCUCCAUGUAUUUGUAUAUAUAUAUAUACACACACACACACACACACACACAUAAACAACCACUCACACUUACAGAUGAAUUAGUCUUCAAUUAACUUUCCAUGCAUGUUUUAGGAAUGUGGGAGGGAACCAGAGUACCCAGAGAAACCCCACAUACUGUAGGCAUGGGGAAAUCAUGCAAACUCCACACAGGAAGGCCAGAUCAAGCCAGAUUUGAUCUCACAAUCUCAGAACUGUGAGGCAGACAUGUGAACCAACUAUCCAACCUGAUAUAAAGCAUUACAAUGAAAAGCAGUAAAAUAUGGUGUUAAUUUAGCGUGCCUUGUUAUUAUGCCGUUUGUAACCUCGAAAUGUCAUAUAAUGUUGGUACCAUCCUAAACAGAGGACCCCCUGGAAAUUCUAACUACCUGUCCACGGCCCAUCCAAAAUGGCUUCGCGACCCACCAGUUGAAAAUCAUCGAAAGAGCAUUUAUUUGAAGAAAAUAAA